AUGGCCAGCGCAAACCGACAUCAAACAGACAGACAAUCUGGUGUCGUGGCCUCGACACCGCCAUUAGAGAUUUAUGGCUUCAUGUUGUCGCUGUCACGAGCAGUAUUAGCUUCGAUUAUCGCGGAUAUUGCGCAGUAUUCAUUACAACAUCCAAAUGCGCACAUGCUUGACCAAAUGCUGGCUGGGCUGGACAAGUCUCUGAAAGUUGGGCUGACAUGUGAAUUCUGGGGCAAUGUCGCUCACAAACUCCAGGUACCUGGAACCUCCACGCCUUGGCCAUACGCCGGCCAGGUAUCUCCACACAAGCAGCCAAUGGAACCCUCGAUCAAGUCAGCGAGUGACCAGAAUGACAGAUUGCCCAUUGGCCGUCACAACCUGCGCUGA